AUGUUUACACCUGACACAGCAGGACAGCAGCCAUACCUGAAGUAAACUGACAAGAGCCCACUCCCCACCAAACCCCCUAGAUGGCGUAUUCCACCAGCACUCUUGCUGCUGGCUGCUUUGGGAAGAUCUACAGGGAGAAGUACAAUGACACCUGGGCUGCAAUCAAGAAGGUGCCACAACACUUAAUCAAUAGGAGAGACCUGGAGAGAGAGUGUCAAGUAUACAAUAAGGCAAUUCAUCCGAACAUAGUGAAGCUUCUGGGUAAUCCAACACUCAAGGAUUCUAAGUGGAUCAUCCCCAUGGAGUUCAUCUUUGGAGAAGAACUGGAGACAACCAUCUUCAAAUCACAAAAAUCUCAAAUCCAGUUGACUCCAUCUAUAAAGGCCACCAUCAUCACAGGCAUGUGUGAAGGACUACUUUAUCUACACAGCAAAGAUAUUGUCCAUCAGGACCUCAAGCCUGACAACAUCAUGGUAGAGCAUGACACUCACAGAGCUGUGAUCAUUGAUAUGGGACUGGCCAAAUUCUUCUGCAAUGGCCUAAAUUCUGCUAUGGAUAUGGGCAACGAGGCCUACUCUCCCCCUGAGGUCCUGCAGAGGCGGGGCCAGCGAGAUCAGCGCUCGGACGUGUGGGCUAUGGGUAAAAUCAUUGCCGAACUCUGUGCCAGAGUCAGGCUACACACCCCCAGCGUCUGUCCAACUAAGAUCCAGGAGACCCUCAGUCUCCAAGGCCAGCAGUACUGUAACGCUGUCUGUAGGAUGGUGCAGAGAGACCCCACAAUGCGAGCCACCAUGGCUGGAAUCAUGCCGGAGAUACAAAGGGCAGGGGUAGAUGGUGGUGGCGGCAACACCGGUAGGCAGAAAAGAGGACAUCUUCUGACACCCUUUCCUCACACUCAGGUAAAAAAUGCAUUGCCACGUCCUCAAGCUCCUGUACAGCGUUCACCAUCUCCAUCGAGAUUUGAGCGCAGUGCUUUACCAAUGCCUGAGGUCAAGACAGUAGUGCCAGCUCCUGUGCAAGCGCCUUCUCCAUCGAGAUGGGAGCGGGCAGCCUUGCCAAAGACUGAGGUCAAGAACUCACCAUCUUCCCUUUCAAAGAUAGACCAGGGUAAUGCUCUGUUUCCAUCAGGCAUAACUCAACCCAGUCAAGAUGUAAUGAAACAGCUUCUCUACAAAGAGGCAUCGAGGGGUCUCCCAUGCCCACUCCCCAUGACGGGAAAGGUGCGAAUCCGCCGCUAUGAGCAAAGGAAUGGGGAAGUGGAGACUUGGGAGCAAAAGGAGGUGGUGACUGAAGGAGGGAGGAUAGUCAAGUUUGAGGAUGUGAUGUUUAACAACAAGACGUAAAAAGGUUAUUGAGAGGUUGUGAAAUAGUUGGGAGUUGAUUGGACUGUGCUUCUCCAGAGCGUGGGCCACUCCCCUUCCGUCCUUCAAUGUAAAAGUCUGACAUGUUUCUGAAAAAGGUGAAAGACUGUAUUUGGGACAGGGGAUAAACUAAUGGAAUAAUUCUAAUGUCCAGUGAAACUACACUAUGUAACCAUACAUUUACGCAUUUUCUUACUACGGUAGACUAAAUGUAUAUACUGUAUGAAUAUAUAUAUAUCUCAACAACAAUAAAAGUUGUAUUGCACUGUUAAGAAGGAAACCUAAGGUUGAGUAAGGAUUCAUGAAUGAUGUUUGAAGGACUAUAUCACUUUACAGUAUUGCUACGAUAACUAUCUGUGAACGUUUUUGAAAUCUCAUCCCUCUUGCAAAUCAGUUGUAUCUUCAGCUUGAUAUACAUUUGACUGUGAACAUAAUAAAAAAACAUUUGUUUUGUAUCAUCUAA